UGUGGUAGAGUCUGAAAACUCGGAAAGGAAGCCAAAUAUUUGUUGAGCUAGUAGCGAUCGUCGAAUAGCCAGUAGUCAAGUAAAUAAAGCUUUUAAAACUUUAAAAUAUAAUUUAGGAAAAUCGCUUCUUUGGCAUAGGGCCGAACUGUUCACAAAUAUGUCAACUCCGGCAAGACGACGUUUAAUGAGAGACUUUAAGCGGCUGCAGGAAGAUCCUCCAGCCGGAGUUAGUGGAGCCCCAUCUGAAAACAAUAUCAUGGUAUGGAAUGCAGUCAUUUUUGGACCAGAGGGAACACCUUUUGAAGAUGGAACCUUCAAACUUACCAUUGAAUUUACAGAGGAAUAUCCCAAUAAACCUCCAACAGUGCGAUUUGUCUCCAAAAUGUUUCACCCAAAUGUGUAUGCAGAUGGCAGCAUAUGCUUAGAUAUUCUUCAGAAUCGCUGGAGUCCAACCUAUGAUGUAUCAUCAAUCCUAACUUCUAUACAGUCUUUGCUGGAUGAGCCAAACCCAAACAGUCCUGCCAAUAGCCAAGCAGCCCAGCUUUACCAGGAAAACAAACGGGAGUACGAGAAGAGGGUUUCUGCUAUCGUAGAACAGAGUUGGCGUGACUGUUGACUUUUGAUUUUUGUUGAAGUCUGAUCAAACAAACAAACAAACCAUCUAUUAAGAAAGCAAAUUCUCAGAGAUGACAUUUAAAAAAAAUAAUCCUCCAGUAUACUUGUCCCAUCACUGUUGCUAAGUUUGUUUGCUGUUGUGUUGUGGCAUUCACUCCUGCCAAAUCCGACUGUUUGGCAAAAACAGAUGUUUAAGUUAAUGUACCUUGUUAUAUCUGGGUUACUUGCUCUGAGCCCCGACUUGACGUUUUUUUUCCCCUUUUUUUAAGACAAUAGCCAGUGCAAAAAGUUGUCAAUUCUCUCCCAGUACAAUUAUCAAGUGAACUGGUUGAAUGACAUGGUGACAGUUGUGUAGACGUGCUUGAUGUGUGGUUUGCUGUGUAGAUGACGUUUUAUAUUUAACAGAAAAUAAAGCUGGUGGUUUUUUUUCUGAUU